AGUUCAGUAAUUGAGACUUUAGCUGAGUAAUAGAGUAAGAAAAGUUUGAUUUUAGUUUGUAUAGUUGCUGAUUUAAAAUGUAAUUAACAUGAAAACUGUAAACUAAUGGAAUCGCACCGUAAAACUUUAGUGAAUUUAUCAAGCAUGCGCAUAUGUAUUGGUUUCCAUAUUUCAACAUACGUGCAAGCAGUGUAUCAUGGUGAACUGUGGUAACGCAUAGAAGUGUCUGAUUACCUUUAUGCUACCGUCGGUCGCAGAGAAAAGGUGAAAAAACUGUAUCCAGAACGUACUUUCCACCCGAAUCGAACUCCGGCAGCCGUUCAAGUGCAUAGUGUGCUCCGUACCGGGAAGCCAGACGAAGUUCACCGGUUCGACAACAUGUCUGAAGGUGUUAUGCUUCGUUUGCAGGCACUGCAUCGAUUCGAUUGGUAAAUGACCAUUAAAUCCGUCUGCCCAUCGACGACACCCCAUCAACUUAGCAUACAUUAACAACAGCACAACAUUGCGGGACCGAAGAAGAAACGAUACUCUGCGUAUAGUAGUAUCUCGCCGGGUGGAAGGCGCAGCGGAACGAUAUAUUACAGGUAUUUGAAUUUUUGACAAAGGAACAGUGCGGGGUGCAUCUCAGUCCUCUGCACACAAUGGGCUUCGUAAAAGACCCUUGCGGAAUCGUCUGCGUUCUAGUUACCUAUCUGGCAGUCGUAUAUGCCGACUAUGUGGUGACUCGAUGGAUUAUCCUGCAAACCAUGCAAAAUAGCCUCUGGGCGCCCUUCCACGUUGUUCUCUUCAAUACAAUCGUGUUUCUGCUGGCUAUGGCACAUCUGAAGGCGGUCCUGCUCGAUCCGGGCACGGUGCCCCUACCUCAGACACGCAUUGACUUUUCCGAUCUUCACUCGGAACGAAAUUACAACCGCGAACAUGAAGAGUGGACAGUUUGUACUCGCUGUGAAACCUACCGUCCGCCUCGGGCCCACCACUGUCGCAUCUGCAAGCGCUGCAUCCGCCGAAUGGACCAUCACUGCCCGUGGAUAAACAAUUGCGUUGGCGAACGGAAUCAGAAGUACUUCCUUCAGUUUUUGAUGUACGUGUGCGCACUGGCUGUGUACUCGAUUUUCCUCAUCAUAGCUUCAUGGGUGUAUCCGUGUGAAAACUGUUCCACCACGGUUCCGGAGACGCAGAGCCGCAUGCUGCACAGUGUCCUACUGUUGCUGGAGUCAGCUCUCUUCGGACUGUUCGUGAUAGCAAUUAUGGUAGACCAGAUGCAUGCCAUCCUGUACGAUGAAACGGCCGUGGAAGCAGUGCAACAAAAGGGUCCCUACCGAAGUCAUCGGCCAAAAAUGGCCCUACUGGCGGAGGUAUGCGGCCGAGGUCAUCCAGCGAUGUGGCUGCUGCCGUGCACCAGUCUCAAUCGGAAGCAUCACGACGUACCGCUGCUGAGCCACGACGUCUAAGAAGGUGACUUUGGAUCGUUCUUAUUAUUGUUUUACGUUUAUUCUGUGGGUAUUAUGUUCCGACUUUGUGCAGAAAUGUAGCACUUUACACGGUCUUUGCAAUGACACAACAUUCUAGCGUCUUGGUGGACAGCUACUUAAUCGAGUAAAAUUGCGCGUCGUUCAAGGCAGGACGUGUGUGACCGUUAAAACAACCGAAUAUAUAAUGUUUAAUGUUUUUACUUGUACGUAUCUAUAAAGUUAUGUGGGGGAUGGUAUUUUUUGUAAUCUUUUUCUAUGCAAAAGUUUAUAGACUGCAAACUGAAGAGACCAGACGAUGCAAUACGUAACGUAGACCGUCGGGAAACAGUUCAAAGUUUGUUCCUUUUUCUAUCCUACUUGUGCUGCUCAUUUAUAGAUGCAGGCGGCGAAAGUUUUCUAUUUUGAUAUAGCAAGCUAAUGUCUGAGCUCUGAGCGAAAAACUCAAACAAAAAGAUUGCUAAAGCACGUAGAAUAUCUUUUUUUUUUUUCUCUUUAAAUUCAGGGAUGUCAAUGGCUUCCUCUGCUAAAGUUUUGUUUGUGCACUCCUUUUCCUAUAACGAAUGAUUGCUAGUUAUUUCGAGCAUUCCAGGGCAUCCCGACGGUACAGUGGCCGGUAGACCAGCAAAGCCGAUCUGGUAGGUUUAGUGUUUUUGAAUCUAGCGCAAUUGAGCACUGAUGGCGUUAAGCUAAUACGGCGGUUUCACCGUAGAAUAUUUUUACCAGCACCACCUUAAAGUUUCAAACAAUUUUUAAAUCAGCAUUUGAUCAGCAGAUGUUUGCACAGUACGAAAUUGAACGACACAUUUUACAUUUAAAUAUCAAUCUACGUAAUUACAAGGAAUCACUCACAUAGCCGUACUUCAUUAAUACUUAUUUGCUCAUUUUCCCAGAUUAGUUUUCGCUUUUAGGAUGGAACAUAAACUACUUAUUGAUUAUUUAAAUUGUUGAUUAAUUUUAAGCGUCUCUCUGUUGUAUAUUUUUUUUACUUUCCCUAAUGACAAGAUUUAGGAUUCGAAUUUAACAUCUGGUGGGUGCUUAAGUUUUAUUUGUAAUAUAUUUAACCACAAAUAAAGUAUUUGACAACCCGAAGAGAGAGCGGGUUGUAGAUUUUAUUAAGCAAUAGUGUACCAGCGAACAGAAUUAAAUUAGCUUUUGUACAUACCUAUUUUGUGAAUGAUAAUCAAAACAAAAGAACUCUGCAAAUUCGAGUACAGCGCAAAUUUUUGCUUAUUUAGGACACAAAUUUUAUUAAGUGUGUAUUUAUACACAAUUCAAAAGGAACUAAAUAUCCCGAGCAGAAGUGUAGUGUAAAUUUAAACAUUCAAGCUAUUGUUGCGUAAGCGAACUCAGAUGAACUAAAUAUUGAUUGCAGCAUUCGCUAAUUGCUCUGUUUGGUAAUCGAUAACUGAAUGUUAUAACACGAGAUCAUGAUAAAACCUAAGUGUAGCGCUCCAAGUCAUUAUACCCUAAAACAUAUACCAACUAUAGUAGUGAAGCAAAGAAGUCUGAAAUUAAUAGAAGUCAAGAAAAGAAAACGAACAAUACAGUAGGUAUCCAGCUCGUCGAGCCCGUAAUGCAGUGAAUUUCGCAUUUUAUAUUUAUAAACAACACAAAGAUUACAGUAAUAUGCAUCAUACUCAUUAUCUAAACACGUGUGCUACUGCCGCGCAUACACUGUCCUCUGUACUGCCCCCUACCAGGGUAGUUCUUGAUCCUUGAAAAAUGGCAACCGAUGUUAAAAA